AUGAAUAGGGUCUUCGCUAGUAUUUUGGUCGCGUUGGCGCUUGCCAGUGGUAUUGUUAAAUUCAACUAUGGACUUGCCGUUGGUGACGAAUUCUUCUUCGAUGUCCCCCGUACGGUCCUCAAUGCGUUCUUCUCAGGCUGGGGUGUGGCACAGGGAGAACCCAAUGCCCCAUAUAACAACUUGACCCUGUACUGCCACCCAGACCGCGUGCUUUGCGGCUUUUACGACAACCAUGACAACAUCGCCGGUCUUCAAAUUGCUCUCGACCAAGGUGAGUUCGACUUCGCGAAUGCCACCUUCGACUGGGAAGCCCAAGGCUACUCGUACUGGAGCCCCCCUGUCAGCUUCGGACAGAGGCGAAGGACUUACUGGACCACGCAGUUAUUCUUCGUUUCUCCAUACUCAUUCGACUUGUACCCAAGAAAUAAUACUGAUCACGUAUUGAGAGACGACAAACUCUUCGUCACCGGAUUCAACAAGGAGAUCUACACUAUCCCUGGAAACGAAACGGUCAUUAAGAACGACUCAAGCAUUUUCACACAGCAAUCUUGUAUCAACUGGAUGGGUCGUCACUACUUCUACAAUAUGACAGAAGCCACUCAAUGCAACUCCCAUUCCCUCUUCCCCUGGUUCCCUAUGUAUGAGUCCAACGAGUUGGUAGGAGUUGGCUUCUUAACUACCGGCAUACACAGGGUGGUUAGCGGCCAGCGCGACUGGUUCGAAAGGCACCCGGAGUUCGCUGUUAAGGCUAUCGUUCCCCACGGACCGAGAUGUCUCUACGACUUGGCCAGAAGGAACGAGCUCAUCACGAUGCGUAUUUACUUCAUCAACGAACCUUGGCUCAUUGGAUGCCCUGUGUGA